AUGGACUUGAAAGAAAAUUGUACUUAUGUCAUGCACAAUUUUAAAGUGCUAAAAAACAAUGGUCAGUACAGAGUGUGUGAUCAUCAAUUUAAAUUGGUGUUUAUUGGGGUUAUUGUUGUGAGGGAGUGUGUUCUAGGGAACAUCCCUUUUAGAAAAUACAGGUUUGUUGGAUUUGCAGAUGUUGUGGCUGGCCAGUUUGAACGUGGACUAUUGGUUGAUGUUAUUGGUGUUGUGGAGGAGGUUGUCUUUCGGCAAGUUUCAGGAAAAGGUAGAAGGUUUUUGAAGUUCUUAGAUGAUUAUGAAGGUGAUGGCCCAAUUACAGUUCUAUUAAGCCAUUGUAGGAUCAAGGAAGCGCAGGGAUCUUAUCCCGCAUUGAUCAGCAAUUCUUUCAAGGCUUCAAAGUUAAUUAUUAACCAGCCCGUGAUGGAGAUUCAAGAAUUCAAUGAACGGCUUGCAGAGUUGGGCAUUGAGGCCCGGUCAGGUUUUAAAUCGCAUGGUGAAGGGAGUACACAGCUUUCAGGUUCUAUCCAAUUAUCAUCAAAAGAAUCAAUCUUUGGCAAGGCUAAGGCAGAGACUAUUGCUGACAUUAACACCAUCUCUGAAGAAAUUGUUUGUGUCACUGUUGGCACAAUUACUAGGAUUGUUCUGGACAAUCAUUCAUGGUAUAGGCUUGAGGUAAUGAUCAAUCAGGGAAAUGAAAGCACAAAAUUCCUGCUUUGGGACCGUGAAUGCAGUGAAUUAAUUGGUCAAUCAGCUGAUGCAGUUAAUAAGCUUAAAAUUGAAGAUGGUGAUGUUGAUUUGAAUGCUUCACCCCAAGCACUUGAUAAGUUGCUGGGUCAUGAACUUGCUUUCAAGAUAAAGGUGCAACCCAAGUUCAGGAAUUCUGCUUUUUUGAAGUGUUCAGCUGACUCGAGCUUAAUAAAUGUUGUGAUGGAUAUGCUAGCUGAUGCUGAGCAAUCCCUCUCUGUGACAGUAGAUCAUGAUCCCCUGCUUGGACUCCCCUUGACGCCUACAAAGCGGCAGGCAUUUCAGGAUUGUGAUGAUGAAGCAGGGACCUCUCAAAUUUCACCUGCACAGCUUUCAUCCAACAAAUUAAAAAAACAUGUUGGGAUUUAG